ACUCCACCGCUGUAGAGAGAGAUUAUAUAUAAUAACACCCUAACAAGAUUUCACAGAUUAGAGAUUACAGAGAGAGAAGAAGACGAAUUACAAACGGAGGAGCUCUAAAUUCAUUCCACUUACCAUUGCCUUUACCCCCAUUUUCCCUCAUUUUCCUAGAUCAGUUCUUUGAACUUUCUUUCUUCCCAAACAGACUUUCGAUUCAGCUUCUUGUAGGCAUUUUGAAAGACGGACAGAGAAACAGAAAGUGGGUAAGAUUUGUUUGUUGGAUGAGAUGAAGAAGCUAAAGAGCUAUUACAUGCACCUAAAACACCCACAAACAAUGGAACGCAAAUGGAUCUUCCCACUGGUCAUUGGCUCCAUCUUCUCUCUCUUCCUUCUGUUUCUCGCAACCCUAACUUCCCCUGACGGCACUCCUCUCAUCCCUCUCUACCGCUACGCCACUUCUUCCUCUUCCGUGUUCGUCGAAUCCAAGCUCCACCCAAUUCCCAUCUCCACCGAACCCCCACCACCCCGCUUUGCCUACCUCAUCUCCGGUUCCAAUGGCGAUGGAAACAUGCUCAAACGCACACUCCAAGCCCUUUACCACCCAAACAAUUGCUAUGUCGUGCAUUUGGAUGCUGAAUCUUCCCCAGAAGAGCGAAUUGAUCUGCAGAAUUUUGUGAAAAACCAUCCCGUGUUUGUGAGAUUUGGUAAUGUGAGGAUGAUCACCAAGGCGAAUCUUGUGACGUAUCGUGGGCCGACAAUGGUGGCGAAUACCCUCCACGCUGCCGCGAUCUUGUUGAAGGAAGGUGGGGAUUGGGAUUGGUUUAUCAAUCUCAGUGCCUCGGAUUAUCCACUCGUCACUCAAGAUGAUCUGCUUCAUACGUUCUCAUACUUGCCGCGGGAUCUUAAUUUCAUUGAUCAUACUAGUGACAUUGGAUGGAAAGAGUUUCAAAGGGCAAAACCAAUCAUUAUUGAUCCAGGGUUGUAUAUGACUACGAAAUCUGAUGUUUUCUGGAUUACACAGCGAAGAAGUGUGCCGACAGCCUUCAAGCUCUUUACAGGAUCUGCUUGGAUGGUACUUUCUCGGCCUUUCAUCGACUUCUGUAUAUGGGGAUGGGACAACUUACCUCGGACAGUCCUUAUGUACUAUUCAAAUUUUAUCUCCUCCCCAGAAGGCUAUUUCCACACCGUUGUCUGUAAUGCUCAGGAGUUCCGCAAUACAACAGUCAACAGCGACCUCCACUUCAUAUCAUGGGACAACCCCCCAAAGCAGCAUCCCCAUUAUCUCACCCUUGAGGACAUGGAAAGGAUGGUCAACAGUAAUGCCCCAUUUGCAAGGAAGUUCCACCAAGAUGAUCCUGUGCUUGACAAAAUUGAUUCUGAACUAUUAUUUCGAGGUCAAGACAUGCUUGUUCCUGGUGGGUGGUGCAUAGGGAGCCAGGAAAAUGGCUCUGAUCCAUGCUCUGUUGUGGGUAAUGUCACCAUCCCCAGGCCUACUGCUGGGGCCAAGAGGCUGGAAAAUCUCAUUAGCUCUCUCUUGUCAAAUGAUAAUUUCCGACCAAGGCAGUGCAUCUAGCAAAAACCUGUUUCAGUAGCAAGUUUUCCGAAAUAGGGUUCAUUCAUUGGGGAAAGGGACAAUGGCACGAUACUGUAAUAGUAAAGAAUGCUCAGAGCUUACACAAUCCUGCAGGAUUAGGGACUUGCAGGUGUGAGGUGGACUUAGAGGAAAGGGAUGAGUUGUGGUACUCUGCCUAUUUAGCCAUCUUUUACCUCUUUUCACUAUGAUGACCAGAUCCUCCCAUUUCUGCACCAAAGCUAUGUGCUGAUGGGACCACUUCGGCAAGGUGAAUGUUCGGCAGAGGAGAGAUGAGAAAUCUAUUAAAUGACGUUAUAUACAAAAUUAUUGUGCAAUCAGUUCUUUUAAUGUUGUAUGUGGGAUCCGAUUUAUUCCAAUCGAAAUAUGGUUUUUUUUUUUUUAUCCAUCUGUGUCUGCUCAGGUCAUUAUUUUGUUGUGGAUUCAUCAUCCAUCUGAUUUUUUGUUUUCCCAUCCGCAAGAGUGACAAGUGAGCUGAAUUUUCA